AUGACGUCUGAGAGACCAACAAACCAGCAAACCCAAGAUCCCGUCGAUGAACAGGCUGGACGAACGUAUCCCACUUGGCCAGAGGUAGAAGAAUGCCAACACCCCCCAUUCCCAGAGCCGUCAACUCACAGCCCGUGGCCUCUGACGUCUCGAGAUUUUCCACCAUACGUAUCACUGGUCGUGGGGUCGUAUGGCGCAACACCGCUGCUGAAUUUCACUGCUCAAAACUUUCACGAGUGUGAGCUUCGACCGCAGCAGGCUGCGGCUCGAGCUGGAUUUAAGAAGAUUUACCGCGACGCACUAAUCCUAUCCCAAGCCUGGAGAAAUCUCACCCCGGAGGCACUCAAGUCGUUUGAGAAAGGUGGUGGCUCGGAAGAAGUCAAGUCGAUGGCGCAAAGCCUCGAAAGCGCGCUGUACACAAUGAUGUUGCAUCUUGACGACUUUUACUUCCUUGGUGCCUUGACGAGACCUCACCACAAUCUAACUGCUAGCUCGCAAACUCAUUCGCUAACAAAGUUGGAGACCGGAUUUGGUGUUUUGAAGGGCACAGUCUCGGCCGCUGCGGGGAGACCGGGGGAAGCAGAAGAGCAUCGCGGGGACGGAGGGUGGUUCUCGGUAAUUCGGCUCUGGCUCAAAUGUUCAACAUCUGCCAUCUGGAAUUCUUUCUGUGGAGAGGAAUCAUUCGAUAUUAUCCCAUUUGAAGAGUCGGUCGUGGUUCUCAUCCAUGAGAUGGUACACGCCUACCUCCAAAUGUUUCUUUGCAGACGUCCUCAAUGCGAGAGGGAUCGACUCAACACGGAUGGCCUCUCUGGUCAUGGCCGUACUUUCCAGAAGCUGCUCGCAUUGAUCACAGUAGAGUUCCAGGGAUGGCAUGGCUCUUUACGGAAUAUUAUUGAGGAUAGGUGCUAUGAGGGCACUUGGGUUGACAGUUUCAACGACGAUGUUGAGCAGGCUGCCAUUGAAGCUGCCAGAAGCAGAGGCGAACUUGCUCAAUAUCUUCCACUGAGAGCGGAUAGCUGCCGCACGCUCGUCCGAAUUGUCAAUAAAGAGCUCCCCAAUGGAGAGCGGACGUCUAACGUUAUCUAUCGGCAGCCCGGAUCCGACAUUCCACCAAAGGCUGACGAGGACCCAGAUUACGUGUAUGAUGAGGACGGCGACGUUAAUAUGGACCUGUAG